UGGAUUAAACCAAACAUCUGAAUAGAAAUUGUAAUUUUCAUAUGAAAGCGCUAGCAAACCCCCAUUUAGAUACUUCACCAACAUUUAAAUACUUAUUUAAUAGAUUGAUUCGCUACUGCUAAAGCUACUUUAGCCUAUCAACAGUUUUCCAUAAUAACAUUUAGCAAUCAAGGGACUGCACUUAGAAAUGUAUGACCCAAAAUAAGCAUGUAUGUGCAAGAACCAAAUGUGAAGCAAUAGUUACUAGAGGUUUGAACACUAUAAAAUAAAAUAAACAAAGCACAGAGUGAAGUUAAUGCUGCCCAGUUUUUGACAGUACUCACAGAUGCUUCUAGCAAGAAGUUAAAAAGCUAGAUUUAGAUUUAUUCUGACACCUAUGUCUAUUAUUAAUGUAGUUGGAUUUAAAUAUAAGCUCUUUGGCUGAGUCAAGUUUUUUGUGUAGUUAAAACCAUAUAGCAUCUGCUAUAUUUAUAUUAUUGUGUACGAGCAGCUGAGACUCUUAAUCAUACACCAAAACAGACCCAUCAAUAGUAGAUUAUGAGAACUUUAAUCUUGGUUCAAUAAAUAAUAAUAUGUCAGUAAUAAACUCGUUUAGAUUAAUCAUUACACCAUUUUCUUAUCUUUUUCUAUCUUCCUCUUUCAACACACAUUCGCACCAUUCCAAAUUCAUACUAUGUUGCACACUAACAAUUAUUAAAUUCUAUUAAAACACUCCCAAAGGGCAAAUAUUUUACUCUGUUCCUUUUGAGUCAAUUAUAAUAGGUACUUUGAUUUUUAAAAAUUCAAAAUAAUCAUAAAAUGCACUGUAACCUACUUAGUUAGAGAGAGCUAUAAUGCUUUCCAAUGAUACCAAUGUUUUAUUUUGAUGAGAUAAUUGUAAUCAUUGUGAUUAUUUCAUUCAUCAAAAAUUAGCCUUUGUGAAGUGACAAAAAACAUGUGACCAAAAAAACUUACUUUAAUUGACUGGAUUAUAAAAGUCUUUAAGAUAUGAGGUCAAAACUUCACGCUCUUUUCAUGUAAAAUGAUAAUGUCUUUUUAAAAAAGCAUUUGACAAAAAUAUUUUUUUUAAUUUUGUCUUAAUAUGAGCUGAAACAUAAAUAAUACAAGUUAAAGAUCUCUAAUGGGUUUUAUUUUGUUUAAUUAUAGUAUAUUUAAAUAUAUAUAUUAUAUAUAUGUGUGUGUGUAUAUAUAUAUAUUUAUAGUAAAAUGUAAAGUUCCCCUUUCAGACCUUGCAAUCUAUAGGGCUGAUGAAGUAAAGGUCAUAUAUAUAUAUAUAUCAAAUAUAUAAUAUAUAUACAUCAAAUAGAUAAUUGUUAUGAAUUGUAAAUGAAAAUAACACUGAGCAAAAAAAAAUUUGUUAAAAUUUGAAGACUUCUUUUCAUAAACUUCAUUAAAAAAAAGUGCAAUUAAUCGUUUUUAAAUGCCUGAAUAGGAAUACUUUAAUAAUUAUUAUUAAUGAAAAAUUUCCUGUUUUGGAUAAAUACAAUUUGAAAAAAGAAACCUUGAGAUUUUUGUAAUUAUUAAUAAGAUUUUUUGCUUGAAAUUUACAUAUGUACCGCAGGUAUUAAUAAAGAAAACAUAGGAAGAAUAAAAAUGAAUAGCUCAUUUAAUUUGCAGAACUAAAAAUAUGAAAAAUGUUGUACUAUUUUAAAAUGAUUAUUUUAUAAUAUUUAUUUACUUGAAACUCACGCUACAUUUAUCUCGAUUGUCAUUUUACACUACGUUGACUGCCUUUGCCCCCACCUUACUUUAUUUCACUGAAUUUGACCUGCUUUUUUUAAUAGGAUGGAUAGUGAACUGUAGACAUCAGGUGAAUGCAAGAGAACAUUUGCUCUCAGGGCUAUGCCCCAAACCCCGCUGGCUGAGCUGACAGCUCUCCCACAGAGGCCCUAUCUAUAGAUCUAUAAAUUAUUGUUGUACUGCCAAUAAUAAAAAAGUAAAUUUUUUUUUAACAAGUAUUUAUCAUACAGCUUUAAAAUAUAUUUGGGGCUUGGUGUCAGAGCUUAGCUUCCAAACUGAGGGGUCUUAGGUUUGAAUCUUAGUGAAAACUGAAACUUGGAAUUUAGGGAUUUUUAGGAUGUCCAUGAGUCCACUUAACUCUGAUGGUUACCUGACAUUAGAUGCGGAAAGUAAAUGCUGUUGAUCAUUGUGCUGGCCACAUAACACCCUUGUUAAACUUUGACCUUUACAUCAUCUGCCAUAUAGAUUGCAAGGUCUGAAAGGAAUACUUUUACUUUACUUUAAAAUACAUAUAUAUCAAAAGAAAGCCCAAAGUUUGAUUAGAUCUAUUACUUUUUAAAGUUUUUCUUUAAAUGAAGUAAACUUUUUGUUUUUCACACACACAACUUUGUGUACAAUAGAUUUCUAUUUUUAAACUAAUAACACAGGGAGUCAGGAAAAAAUAUCAAAUUACAUAUUAUGUCUUUUUAAAAUGAUAGUAUUAAAAAACAACUUAAUAUCUAAUUGUAAUAUUUAUUGAUAAAUAGAUCCUAUGAUGUUGAAGGAUGAUCACAGAAUUAUUCAUUGAUCUGAUAACCUACCUACUACUAGUGUAUGCAGGAUCUGGUAACACACAAUAGAUUACUUAAUAUUAACUGCUGCCUUUUCUAUUGACAUUCAAGUCACUUCUGGAUCUGAUGAUAUACAAAUGAUCAUGGGUUCUGACAAUAUACAUAGUGAUUGCUGGAUUUGAUGACACAAGGUGGUUGCUUACAAAUUUCAAGCAAGCCUGAACAAUGUCAUAUAUUCAUAACACUAUUCACUGUGUUAUGGUUCUUCUUCUAAUAACUUUAAGUUAUUUUUAUCUGGAACUUAAAGACAGUCUAAAUGCUUUUGAAAGUAAUGCAAUAAAGGAAAGAGAUUUUAGUCAAUUGCUUGUAUCGAAGACUAACAGUCAUCAGUUUAUACAGUCUUCUAAUGUAGAUAUUUUCAUAGAUAUUUUCACUGAUGGUUCCCAGUAUGGCACUAAGGAAUCUGGUAAAAUACUUUUGUCAAUAUCUGAAAGUCAGUUUGAAAGUGGUCAACUAGCCAUUGAAACUGCCAAACAACCAUUCAUCAGUGAGACACCAAUGAUGGUUGAGUCAGAUGUGUUUAAAAUAAAUCAACUAGAAGGGGCUAGCACAACAAGCAUUGUUGCAUCAGUCCUAUUAGACCAAGUGAUGUCUACCAGUCAAAUUUCAUUGGAGCAUUUGAUAGAGCCUACCAUAAGCUUACCAACUGAGCAUUCAGGAAUAUCAUCAACAAACAAUGAAUUUAUUAUUAAAAAACAUAUAACUCAGAAUUCUUUCAAAAAGGAUUUCAGUCCUAUAAAUCUAAAAUAUUCUGAAAUUGAGAAAACUGAAACUAUUAUAUACCAGCCUGAUGUUGUGGUGAUCAACACUAACUUUAGUACACAGCUUCAGUUUGUAAGUCAAACUAGUAAAGUUCAAGUUAGUUUGAGACAGAUAGAUUCACAUGUAAUGCAUGUUACUGAUAACUUUGCUACAAGUGAAAGCAAUACAAAUGCUGAGCCCCUACAGCUAGCUGUUUCCUCGUUGAUGACAAGUGAGCAGAAAGAACUUCAUUGUUUGAGCCAGAAAUGUGAGGCCCUGAAUGGGGCUGUUCUGAAGGAUGUUGAAACGCUUCAUCAUGUUGAGGAAGAAAAUGCACAUUUUACAUUGUAUAAUCCUUUACAAGACAUUGAGGUCAAAGGCAAUGUAAAAGCAGAUAUAGAACAUUUGAAUAUUGAGGAAGUAGCUGAUGACCAUGUUAAAAACUAUUUAAUUUCCCACGGUACUUCAGCAUUCUGCGAGGACAAAACAAAACUAUGUCACUUUCAUAACCUUUGCUACAAGAAAAAUGAACAAGAUUUUAUAUUUCUCCAUGGCAAUAAAAGUGUAGUUACUGGUAUUAAUUACACUGAGAUGUUCACUAUUAAUCUGUCAGCAGUGCCUGGCCAUAAUGCUCACAGGCUAUCACUUGUUUCAAUUCCAGCCGAGAGUUUGUCACUUUUUUCUACAGCAAUUGUUGAUCAAACCACAUUUAUUAUGAGCCGUUUUAAACCUGACAAUAUUAUGCAUGUUCUUCAUGAUGACAUUCUUCCAUUGUUUGAGACACUUUACAGUCUACAUCUUCAGCAUUUUAAUAAAAAGCCUAAAGCAUCUUUGAUUUUUACGGACAAUUUUAAUUUGGGGGAAUUCAUUGACGUCUACACCUCCCUGUCUUCAGCUCACCCCAUUUUACUCUUACAACUUAACACUUCUGUUGAUAUUAUAUGUUUCACUGACACAUAUAUUGGACUUUCUGCAUCUACUCUCUGGUAUCAAUAUGGAUUUUUUAAACCUCAAGGACCUUUGAUAAUUAAUAAUACACAUGUCUUACUCAAAGUGAGGAGGGCCACUGAAUACUUGGCUCAGCACUUUCAGAAAGAUUGUUUAUUAUGUAAGAAUCAAAACCAUUUAGUCCUUAUAUCUAGAAAAGACAAUAGGCUUAUCCUUAAUGAAGGAGAGUUAGCCAUGUCUAUAGCUAGAGCCACUAAGCUCAAAGUUAUGUCUGUAAGUUUAGAACUUCAAAGCUUGAGUGAAAUAAUAUCGAUUGUCAGGAGUUCUAAAGGUAUCAUAGGAAUGCAUGGAUCACUUCUUUCAUUAGCAAUGUUUCUUCAGCCCAGGUCUGUGGUAGUAGAGCUGUUUCCUUAUGGAAUUAAUCCAUCGAAAUAUUCGCCAUUUAAAACUUUUUGCCAGCUUCCUGGAGCUGGUAUUGUGUAUACCUCCUGGGUCAAUCCUCAUUUACAUAAAUCUGUUGGUCAUCCUGAUUGGCCCUCAGAGAUUGGUGGUAUCCAACAUUUACCUGCCCAUAUCCAAGAGAAAAUCCUUAAUGAGUCUGAAGUCCAGGACCAUCUGUGUUGCAAUGAUCCAUCAUGGCUGUACCAUAUUUAUCAAGAUACACAUGUUGAUACCGAUGCUGUAGCAUCACUGACAUCAACAUCUAUUGCCCUAGCGGGAACAGUACAGCUCAAUGCACAGCCCUUGACAUUAACUAUUCCGUACCUCCCGGGGCCAGUCCAAAAUAUAUCUUGUUCUCACAUGAUCAACAAUGACAUAUCCGGUUACCUCAUAGCCUGGUCCUUGCCCUGGAAUCUCGAUUUUAUUCCCUAUAAAUUAUUUGAAUCACAACUUGUUUAUCAAGAUAAAACAAGAACAGAAACAGAGCAAGUCAAUAUAGAUAUGAAUUCUGUGUCCUAUGUUAUAAAGACUUCAGAAGCUAACUCAACAAGUGAGUACAAUAUCUGGGUACGAGUUGUUGUGGAUCACAAUAGUACUGGACCAUAUAGUUAUUUUGCUUGCAAUAGGUGAUAUUGUUUUUCAAAUGCGUUCAUUCAUUCUUUGUAUCAAAAAAAAAAUAUUCAUACAUGGGUACAAAGAUACAUUAUUAUUAUAGCUUUUAUAUAGCGCUACUUUCAUGCUUAUAGCAUGCUCAGAGCGCUUUUUUGGUCCACAUUUGUGGACCAGUUGGGGGAGGGGGUAUCUAGGAGUUGGUUUUCCGUGCUGCCUUUAGGCGCUCAGUAAACAACUCUUCCCGAGUCGGGUGUCGAACCUCGAGCCCCCCUUCUAAGUAGUCAAGCCUAGUUCAAGCGCACUUGGCCUCUCGACCACGCUUCCCAAUACAUGUCACAGACAUCAUGGAUAUUUUGAUAUACCGGUACCGCACAGAAUAGCUUCUUAUAGUUUUUUUCUAUUUUGCUUUAUUCAAUGAACGUACUGGUAUCAUUAAAACAAUGCACACAUUUAUAUUUGUUUAUGAUGACUAGAUAAACUAAUUCAAUGAUUUUUUUUUUUACAUUUGUUCGCCAUAGUGAUUAGCAAAAUUUGAUUUUUGAAAAUCCCUAACCAAUUUUUUUUCCGUAGGUAUGUUUUUUAAAGCAUUUUGAACAUUUUUUUUUAUCCGAUUUGACACGUUUUUAUUAUCAAAAACUUUUUAUUCAAAUAUUGGUACCGGUACCUAUUUAAAAUAAUUUUUGCAUCAGCUUUUUUUUCUUUUAAAUCAACACAAUCUAUUUGGUUUUAAAUUGCUAUUAAUAUAUCCCUUCAAUUUUAUGACAAAGUUCACACAAAUGUCAAAACAGGAAAAUGUGUUGUUGUUGUUUUAUUCAAAGUAUUCCGUAUACCGGUAUUUUAAGUGAUUCUCAUCUGUCCAGUGACAGUUCGCGUAGCCAAAGUCCUCCACUUUUCCCGGUCAGCAGCGCUGUUCUUAGCAGGAUAUCAAGGGAGAAGCGGUCAUUUCUUUUGUUAUUCAGCCAACGUUUCUUUGGACGCGACCCUUUCUUCGUGCUUCCUCCACUGUACCUUGAAGUCAUUGGAACAUUUAAAACUAAUUAAAAUUUAUAUGUAACUUUAUAUAUAUAUAUAUAUAUAUAUAUAUAUAUAUAUAUAUAUAUAUAUAUAUAUAUAUAUAUAUAUAUAUAUAUUAUACUAUAAUUCCUUUUAUCAGCUUGCAAAUUCUUCAUCGGUUCAAAAAAAGAACCCUGAGUGGUUGGACAGGGAUCUCGAAAAUGGCUCUAGCGAUUUUCCCUAGAAAUUUUACAG